AUGAUCUCGAGGGAGCUGACCGGAGAAGGCGGGUGCGCGCCGGGUUGUGAGCAAAGGGGUGAAGUGCAACUCGGUGAAUCGCCAAGCGCAGAGGUACCUAUUGACGAAGCACACGGGGGGGAAACUCGAUCCGACGGGGCAUCCAGCCUGGACGAUGGAGACCGAGAUUCCCGAAUGAAGGAUUUGAACUCCAUGGAGGGAGUCCAAAAAAGAUACGCAAAAAAAAAAAAAAAAUCCUUCUUUUUGCAAUUCUUGAGUCAGAAGUCAGGGAAGAAGAGGGACUGGCGCGAUGGAAAUGUCAUAUGGAUUUUUGUGUUUUUCCUAGUUCUGUAUAUCGUAAGGAAGGGAAUUAGCAAUUUGCAGGAAGUGAAGGAUGGCGCAAGCGAUUGGGACAGCUAUGGCGGAAAGGAUUUUCCGAGUAGUGGGGGAAAAGGGGGGUCCUCCGUGAAGCCAUAUUUCAGCAGAAACGGAGAUAGCGAAAAUUUCCCCUUUGAGGACGACGAGUUUAUUUACAUCCCCAACAGGAAGAGCGACAACACGAUACGUUUGAAGAAUGUCCCAGGAACGGAAAUUAUAGACAACAAUUUUCUAAGCGUCUAUUCGGAAAAUAUGAAGUAUUUAAGACAAACAAGUUUGAAUUAUUCCCUUCAUCAGAGAGCGCUAUCCACAGAAUGUUAUGUCUAUUUCAGGAGCUUUUUAAAGGAAGCCAUCUCUCCGCACAGUUUAACCAAAGCGAUCAAGAUCGAUAAGGAGUAUAUUUACCCAUGGGAUGUCAUCACACAGGAAGAUGUGGAGAAAAUUAUUGAGAAUGCAAAAUUUUACGGGUUCUUAUUCACGUGGUUUAAAAAUCAUCGAAAGGCACAGAAGGUGGAUAAGGUGACUUUGCAGAAGGAAAUGCCUGUUUUGUCUCCUCGAUUUGUACAGAGGCCAGAUAUAUACACACACUUCUUCAAAAAGAAUAACGUGAAGGAGCCUAAUUUUUAUGGCAUUCAUUACACGUGGUUGGGUCAUGCCACCGGAUUGGUUGUGGUCGAUGGGUUCAAAAUAUUAGUAGAUCCCGUUUUUAAAAUUGAGCUACUCAGUUUGAAGGGAAUAACCAGAUCGUUAAUCAAUUGGGUUAAUGUAAAAAUCAUGGGAGGGUUAGGAGAAAGGAUAACAAAGUCACCAUGUAACAUAUCGAAUCUGCCUGACGACCUACAUGCAGUAUUCGUUUCGCAUAAUCAUAAUGAUCACAUUAUGGAAGAAGACGUCCGAAUAUUAUGUAAGCUAAAAAAAUUCCAGCAUGUGUUGUGGUAUGUGCCAGAAGGUACCGCUAGUUUUUUUCUGAGUGAAGGUUGUAAGGCAGCCAAGAUUUUUGAGCUCUCCUGGGGUGAUGAAAGAUGGGUUUCUUGCUGGAUUUCUCACAGACAAUUUCAAUGUAAGGAUGGCAUUUGGAACAGUAAAAAUGGAGAAAAGCAAGUAUUUAAGUAUAAGGUAAUUUAUGCUCCUACGUUACACUGGUCAGGUAGGAAGGAUAAUCUUAGUGAUAUUAAUAACUCUCUGUGGGGGUCUCUAAUAUUGAAGGGUCCAAAGCAUCGAUUUUAUUUCUCUGGAGACACAGCUUACUUGAAGGAAAAUUUCGAAGAGUUUAAAAAAAUCGGACGGCUACAUGGCCCCUUCCAUUUAGCCGCAAUUGCUAUUGGAGCGUACGAACCGAAUAACUCUUUGAAAUAUCAUCAUGUGCAUCCUUGGGAAUCAAUAAAGAUAUGGAGGGAUAUUAAGGCCGAAAUGGCCAUCGGAGUCCACUGGGGGACGUUCCGAUUAUCCGCUGAGGAGUUUAUGCAGCCCAGAGAUGAGUUAGAAGCAGCCCUGUUGGGGGUGGGCCUACACACCUUACGUAAUAAUUCGGUCUUACCUUUCGAGAAAAGAAAAAAGGAGAUUCUCAAAAAGUAUGCCAUUAAGAAUGACAAUGAGGAGGAAAACGAAACGGAUGACUUGAACGAUCUGAAGGAGUACUUUUAUCCCCCUACAGAGGAAAACGCACAUGAGUAUACAGACAGUUUUCAUUCACUUUUCGCAAAAAAUAUGAAUCUGUUUUAUAGUGACAUUGAUAGAAAUUAUGUCAAGCAUAUGUACCAACAGAAGAGGCUGUACGCUUCUACGUAUAACAGAUAUAAGAGAGCUCUGUUUUUGCGCAACUCGAAGAAGCUUCCAAGGAGUUGGAAGAAGUUACUCCUAGAUUUGUCCAUACGCUUUCAAACCAUCCCCAUUGGGGGGUCUAUGGAGGUCAUUUCGAAGGGGGACAACACCAUCUCGAUGACGAGGUCGACGGAAUAUAAUUCCAUGCAGUACGAGCAUUAUACCUUUCCCAAGUGGUACAACGAGAACGAGAAGGAGGAGACGCUCAGUCAGAACUCCCUUUCGCUGGAGGAUUUGAUGGAUUUCCACAUAGUCAGUUAG